UCAUUUGCAUCUCAACAAUCUCCUUUCUCCACACCCAGUCGCCUCCCUCCGCUCUCCUCUUGCCUUUCGCUGCCACCCACGCCUGUCGCUCGUUAUCAAUUCGCCACCCGUCUAUCGUCCCACUUCCACCGCGCCAAAACUACGUGUCCACCUCUGCCGAUUUCGGAUUAUCCAACAUGAGCAAGACCCUCCCUCACCCCCGAGGCUCCAUCUACAGCGCUUCUGAGGUAGCCAAGCACACUACACGCGUGUCUUCCCUCGUCACCUACUCUGGCAAGGUCUACGAUCUCACCGAGUUUCUGCCCGACCACCCCGGAGGAGAUGACAUUAUCCUCGCCUAUUCUGGGCAAGACAUUGGAAAAGUGAUGGGCGAUGAAGAUAUCCAUGUGCACUCGAGAGCGGCGUAUGAAAUGUUGGAGGAGUUCCAAGUGGGAGAGCUCGGUGGUGGCGAAAAGAUCGUGUCUGAAGAUUGGGUCCCCGACGAGAACUUCCACCCGGACGCCACAGACUGUCUUUCCGACUACAACCUCAACAAGUUCAUCGACCUGGAGAAGCCUCUCUUGAUGCAAGUCUGGAACGCUCCUUGGACCAAAGAGUACUAUCUCGCUCAGGUUCACGAGCCGAGGCACUUGAAGGAAAGCGCAAGGAUGUUUGGCAGUGACCUGCUGGAGCCUUUCACGAGGACGCAAUGGUAUGUGGUGCCCAUCAUCUGGUGGCCCAUCGCUGCUUUCCUUGGUGUACUGUCGAUCUUGCAAUUCUCUCAGAGCGGCAUCACAGCCAGGUCCCUCCUUACCUAUCCACCUCCUGCCAUCACCUCUCUCCCUGCCCCCACAGCCGCUGCCCUUGCCGCCUUCACCGCUUGCUUUGCUCUCGGUGUCUUUAUCUGGACCAUCCUCGAAUACGUCUUGCACCGAUUCCUCUUCCACCUCGACUACUACCUUCCCGACGCUCAGUGGGCCAUCACGCUUCACUUCCUUCUCCAUGGUGUGCACCACUACUUGCCCAUGGACAGGCUGAGGCUCGUCAUGCCUCCUCUCCUGUUCUUUGUCUUGCAGACACCAUUCACAAAGUUGGCGCAUGCCCUCUUCCCCAUGGCUGUCGCGAACGGUAUCAUCAGUGGCGCCUUUGCGAUGUAUGUGGUGUAUGACCUCGGUCACUACGCCCUUCACCACACAAAGCUCCCCGCCUACCUUGCCGAGAUGAAGCGGUACCACCUCGCUCAUCACUACAAGAACUUUGAGCUUGGUUUCGGUGUCACCAGCAAGGUCUGGGACUAUGUGUUUGGUACCAUGUUGAUCACCACCACCAAGUAGAGCAGUCAUUUCAUGUCUUUCAGUUUUCCAUACUUGGUAGUAUUGUCUAGUCGUUCUGAAAGGGGCUCAAUGGGAUAGACGAGGUCCCUCGUGCUAAAGGUGUCGAUAUCAUUCUUUUUCAGCUCUUUUUACAUUCCCCGUCGUUUGAACAUGACGUCUAAAACCAUUCACCUCAUAAAGAGAGGCAUAUCAUACGUAAAGUAACGCGCGCAACAUCCUUUCCAUGUAUGUAAUCACUUGGCGAUCAC